AUGGCAGGCAUGGCUCGUCACUCAAGCUCUGCUCCGAGCCCCAACUCCUCUGAGGAAAUUGAAUCUCAACAUGCAACUCCAGCAACUAAAGUGUCAACCUUCUCACCCGAAGAAACCCACGAACUCUCUAGUGCCGGCAGUCGUGGCAUAGUCAGGGCGAAGAUCCCCCGGCCUUCGACCUCACCAUCUCCACUGCCGGCCGUCGUAAUGGUUCUUCGCAGGAGAAUGCAUCAUGUAUCGAAGCUGUCUCCAGCCGCAACCUCUUUUACGCCUGCCAGUUCACAUCACAGCCCAUCUGGCCUUGAGCAUUACAAUAGCACUGGUUCAUCAUCCUCUCUAAAAGAGAAUGGUCAAGCCACUGUAGAGCUCAGGGCCGACGUUGGCUCUCCCGUGUUCAAGACGUCCCAGUCUGGUCCACAAGAUGAACUGCUGGGCUCCACAGCGAGGUCUACACUAAAGACAUCCCCCCACAAAUCCUUUUCCGUAACUCUGGGACUAGAGCACGCGUCAAAAACAUUUGGGCCUUUUUCUUCAGACGACGGCACGUCGAGAGCACUGAUGAUGCAGCUUGGUCCUGAAAGUGGAUCUGACCAGCUGAAUAAACAUCUCAAUACCACCAUGUAUCCGUCAUUAUUAGCUAUUGUCACCUCUGAUGUCACCGUUCGCGGUAUUAUCUACGUCAAAUUUUGUGAUAUUCGCGACGCUGACAAGGCCUUUUCUUUUGUCCAAAGCCACUUACUGGGCUGGAAAGUCCAGCACAUCAGUCCAGCCACGUUCUCCUGGAAGUAUCGCGCCGAAAGUGUGGGGAAAGCCCAGACGUCGAAUCACGAAGGACAGAUCAGCGUUACUGCCCGAUACAUCGGGACUUCACAGCAGCCUGACAAAGACCAAAUCGCAUACGAUCUUAAAGAAGCACUCGAGGAUUUUGGACAGAUAAUGGCUUUCAGUGUCACACUUCCAGAGACACGCAAACUUGUUUUCCGUGUCGAAUACUAUAACAUCAACUCUGCCAAUGACGUUAUGUUACACUCCGAUGGUAUCAAACUCAAGACAUGCUCCGUGAGUAUUGGCCGCUAUGAGCCAGAAGUCGGUCCAAAGCUACAGACUCCGGCUAAGACUCCUGGUCCAAUAAUCAUCGGUCAAGACGAUUCUAGACUAGACCAAGCCCUUUCAAAGAUGACUUUAGACAGCUAUCGCGAGAGUACGCUACUUCACACGCCGCGCCAAUCUCUGUACCAAUCAAACUCAACAGAGGACUCCUUUACGGGCCGCAAGGUCGCCGGAGGCCAACAUAUACCUUCACCACUAAACAGCCUUGCUCCGAGCUACGGUGGUCCGGGGCCAAUGUACAGUCCCACAUGGACAACCUCUUGCAACACUUAUGCUGGUUACGGCAUGACAUCGCCUCUUUGGUCUCAGUAUAGUCCCGGCGCUAUUGGCCAAGAGCGAGGCUCACCCUCACUUCCUGGGGAUUAUCGAAAUGCUCACCCGUCGCAACCAAAGGCACUCACAAGGUCUAGCGGCCGGCAGCAACCAGAUUAUGCCCCAGGGCAUCACAAUGUGGUAGAUAUGGACCGCAUUCGAGCCGGACUAGACGUUCGAACUACGAUCAUGUUACGGAAUAUCCCCAAUAAGAUUGAUCAGGCUAUGCUCAAAGACAUAGUUGAUGAAACUAGUCUUGGCAAAUACGACUUCAUGUACCUUCGUAUCGACUUUGCGAAUAACUGCAAUGUUGGUUAUGCUUUCAUAAAUUUUGAAGAUCCUAUCUGGAUCGUGGAUUUCGUCAACGCCAGAGCUGGCCACCGCUGGAAUCGUUUUAACAGCGAUAAAGUUGCCGAGGUAUCCUACGCCACCAUUCAAGGUCGCGACUGCUUAAUUCAGAAAUUCCGGAACAGCUCUGUCAUGCUGGAGCAUCCAUCGUUUCGCCCGAAACUCUACCGCACUGGUACCGGUCCUCUGGUGGGAUCAGAAGAAACCUUUCCAGGUCCAGACAAUCCCUCAAAGAUGCGGCGCAGCGUUGAGAAUGCUGAACAUAUUGGUCUUUUCGCACCUCGUGCUGGACAGAAUUUCCGAGAUGAACAACGUCGUCGGCGCUCGCAAUACGAUCGUGGCACACGUCUUGCAGAAUUGGAAGACUCCAAUUACGAAUUGGACGGUCUCAAAAUGCCGGCUAUCGCGCAACGAUCUCGCUCCCCUCGUCCUUUUGGCAUGUUCUCUGAUCAAUUUCCUCCAAGCUACCAGGCUGCGAGCUACGUUGAGGGAUUGAGAAGAGAAUGCUCGUUUGUGGAUGUCACCUGGGGCAUCGACAAAGUUAUAAAGAUACCCGGCUGCCGUGAAUACACGGGCAAUGGUGUAGAUGGCGAGUGGGCUCAUUCUCUCACAGAUAAAAUGAGGGUUUCAGAUAUAUUUACAACAGCUAACAAGAAUGAAAUACUACUGGGGGCUCAGGAUAGUGUUGGCAAGAAUGAUCGAAAAUUGGGCCUGAGGCGAAACGAUAGAAAGCCACGAAACGCCAUCGAUGAGCUUUUCACGCGCAUCGAUUAG